GCGAACGUAUGCUUUUGUCAUGCCGAAUAUGCACGGAAAGGCAAUGAGACUUUGGUCCCUUGCCGUUGCCAUCCUCGUACCUUUUUUAUGCAACCCUUCUGAAGGAGGAGAGCAUGGAGAACUGCGCAUAGACUUUGAGCCAGAGUAUUUCAAAUAUCAAAACAUCGCAAAGGUAUUCACUACACGUGAGAAGUUGUGGUUAUAUGGCAUGAACUACGAUUACAAAACUGAAGCCUGCGUCUACUUUGUGACAGAAGGCUUGUCAGAUAACGAAUUAAAUUACACGUACAACGUAUUAUUGGACGGUAAAUGGAAAUCACUUCCACAUCAUGCAACAUUCUCCAAGGAUGAUGGUGAAGACCACGAUGUAAAACAGGCAUCGCGCGAAAGCUACAACAGUAUGAGAGCAGUGAAACAUAAAGAUAAUCCAGACAUCAGAGAUUACAGGUUGGUGUAUGAGAAAGACGGCUGCGAUGUCUUCCGGGUGCCUCGUAAACUCAAUGUGCUCCCUGAAUUGGUUUCAGUAAAGCGCGAAGCGCUAAGCUACUUGGAAUGUAUAGCCAACCGAAGAAGGCCGGGGCAGUGCCCUCAAAUCUAACUUGCUCUUUUGUGCAUUACGCAUUCAGACGUCUUCAGCAAAGGAAAGGGAUGCAUGGUUCUCCUCACCGAUUCCGUGGUAGUCAAUGGAAUGGAUAAGAAUUGUAAAAGUAUAUAUGGCCACGCCUGCGGGGCUAGCCCCCAAUUACAGAUAGUGUUUAAAGAUUCUUGCAAAAAUACAUGAAUGUGUUGAUGAAUAAAUAAAUCACUAAAGAA